UUUGUUAUAAAAUCCACCCAUCCGAUAGAUUAUCAGAAAGAAAGAACAUCAUCGGAAUCCGAAGGAUUUGAUUUGAGGAAGAGAUGAUGAUUUGAUGAAGAAGAAGAAGAAGAAGAAGAAGAAGAAGAAGAUGAUGAUGAUGAUGAUGAAACCUGCAUGGCUUGAAGGUUUAAUGUCGAAUUGUAAUUUCUUCGCCCCCUGUGGGCUCCACCAGUCUGGGAGGAAGAACGAGAUGAACGUGUUCUGCUUGCACUGUUGCCUCAGCAUUUGCCCUCACUGCGUUCCUUCUCACCGCUCCCAUCCUCUUCUCCAGAUUCGACGCUAUGUUUAUCACAACGUGGUUCGGCUUGGCGAUCUGGAGAAGCUCAUUCACUGUUCUUAUAUUCAGCCUUACACUAUAAAUGGUGCCAAAGUGAUAUUCUUGAAUCACAGGCCACAGUCUAGGCCCUCCAAAGCCCCCUCCAAUGUUUGUUUAACUUGUGACCGAAUUCUUCAACACCCUUUCCACUUCUGCUCCCUCUCAUGCAAGGUUGAUCAUAUGGUGUUGGAAGGGGCAGAUCUUUCCAGCAUUCUGUUCAGGUUUGACGAAUCAGAUUUUGCAAUCUCACAAUUUGAAGGAUUGCGGAUGGAUGCCUCCGAGCUCACCGACGACGACGCCCAAAUCACUCCAAACUUCGACUCGUUGGAAUGCCAGGCUUACUCGAUUUCGAAUGAAGCCACCAGCAAUUCAGUAGUCUCACAGGAACCGGAGAUUGCAACGAGGAAGAAGAAGAAGAAGAAGAACACCACCACCACCACCACCACCACCACCACCACCAAUGGUUUCCUUCCUGGAAUUGUUCUCUCUCUGGGUAGCCGGAGAAAGGGUGCUCCCCAAAGGGCUCCACUGUCUUAGAAAAGAAUGAACCAUAUGAAAAAGAAUAAAUAAAGUUAGGCGUUAAUGAAGAGCAUUAGUAUAUUAAAUUUAUAUAUAUAUAUAUAUAUAUAUAUCUAAAAAGGAAGGAGAAACAUGUUUGUUGAUGAUGGUUCCAUAGUGUUAGGUGUUGUUGAGGUUAGGUUUUUUUGUGUGUGUGAAAUAGAGGAACCCAUCCAUUGCUAAUUAAGGAGGUGUCUCCCACAACUUGUUCUCCAAACUUUAAAAACACCACCAAUUUUGUGCUGUUCAUCAUGUAAUGGA